AUGUACGCCCAAAACGCCGUCGUCCUUGCCCUCGCUGGCCUCGCCGCUGCCCAGACCACCACCACCACUCCUGGUCCUGUCCCUGUUCCCACCGGCUCCUCCAACGGUACCAUCACCGUCACCAAGGUGUACGACGUCUACACCACCUACUGCCCCGGCCCCACCAGCUUCGUCUUUGGCGGCAAGGACUACGUCGUCACUGAGCCUUGCACUCUGACCAUCACCGACUGCCCCUGCACCGUCAUCGAGACUCACGCUCCUACCUGGAUCCCUCAGCCUCCCCCCGUCGUUCCCGGCCAUCCCGGCGUUCCCGAGAAGCCUGGCAAGCCCGUCACCCCUGAGCAGCCUGGCAAGCCCGUCACUCCUGAGCAGCCCGGAAAGCCCGUCACUCCUGAGCAGCCCGGAAAGCCCGUCACUCCUGAGCAGCCCGGAAAGCCCGUCACUCCUGAGCAACCUGGAAAGCCCGUCACUCCUGAGCAGCCUGGAAAGCCUGUUGUCCCCGAGCAGCCUGGAAAGUCCGUCACUCCUGAGCAGCCUGUCAAGUCUGGAGUUCCUGCUUGUGAGGGUGAUGACUGCGCUCCCGUCAUUGUCAACGGUGCCGGUGCCAUCCAGCUCAGCCUCGGUCUCGUUGCCGUCUUUGGUCUCUUUGCUCUGUAA